CUUUAGAUCCUGGAAGUGAAGGAAGAUGGGGUCUGACUGUUUGAAAGUCACCAAGUAUUUCCUCUUCCUUUUCAACCUUCUCUUCUUUAUCCUGGGUGCUGUGAUCCUGGGCUUUGGAGUGUGGAUCUUAGUCGACAAAAGCAGUUUCAUUUCAGUUCUGCAGACUUCAUCUGAAUCGCUAAAGGUCGGUGCAUACAUUCUCAUUGGAGUUGGGGCAGUCACCAUGCUGAUGGGGUUCCUGGGCUGUGUUGGAGCAGUCAAUGAGGUCCGAUGCCUCUUGGGUCUGUACAUCACCUGUCUGCUGCUGAUCCUCCUAGCUCAGGUUGCUGCUGGACUGCUCAUCUAUUUCCAGCGAGAUGCACUGAAAGCAGAAGUGUCCGUCGUGGUCCGUGACCUCAUUCGGGAUUAUGACCCUAAUGAUCAAGACAAAAAGAGCAUCCAGGAUGCAUGGGACUAUGUGCAGGAACGGCUCACUUGCUGUGGCUGGACUGGGCCACAGAACUGGACAGAAAAUAAGAUCCUCCUGAACGGAAGCCUGACUUUAUACCCCUGCUCCUGCGUCAAUGGUUCAGUUGAUGAUGUCCAGCAUAAGAGUGGUUUCUGUGGCACCGCUGCUAAUAAGACUGUGUCAUUUGCUGACUGGCCUGUUUAUACAAAGGGUUGCAUGAGUAGUGUGCAGAGCUGGUUACAGGACAACCUUGGCAUCAUCCUUGGAGUCUGCACAGGUGUUGCUGUCAUUGAGCUGUUGGGGAUGGUGCUGGCCAUUUCGCUCUGCAAGAACAUACACAGAGAAGAAUACAGCAAAGUACCCAAGUAAUGAGUCUUCUGACCCUGGAGCUACCCCACCGCAGAGGCACAAACAGAACAUUCCUCCUGCCCUCAUUCCCCUCAGACUGUCCCAUCACACUGACCAUUACUCCAAUGAGAUCCCAUUUCUCUCAAAACACGAGGAACUGUAGUGGGGUAAUGCAGUAUGAAUCUUCUGGUGAUCAGGGCCCUGGGCAGCCCCUCUCCUGUCUCUGGAUAGUUCCUACUCUGUGAAGCGGGCCACUUAUCUAUCUUGCAUCAUAUGAUCUGAUCAACCUGAGAGGGCACGAAGUUUUCACUGCUAACUGUGUGUUUAACAGUCUCCUUCCCAUCUUUAUUCCCUUCCAGUCCAUCAGGCCUACAAUAGAAUAAUCCUCCUCCCCAUGCCACCUCUCUUCACCACAUGAGCUGGGAAUCCAAUGAACCAGCAAGAAGACUGAGGGCUUGGCCUACUGGUGAUGGGUCACCCUUUGGAGUACAUUGUGGGUGAAAGAAUGCUUCCCUUCCAAUUAGCCUCACCUUGUCUUCUUCCUGCCCUUGUCCCCAUCCAACUUCGACUGAAUCUGAGCAUACAAUGUUCUAGACAGACUCCCCAAAAUCACUUCUCCCAUUUUUGGAGUGAACCAAAUGCUGCCUUCCAUGUAGCUCCCUUCCCCUUCUCAUUCGAUUAGAAGCCUCUUGGAAGGAGCAACGCCCACCCAUUCCAAGUAUGGCCCAUCCAGCAGCUUGUGAUGUCAUUGCUAAGCUGCUCUUGGAACAGAGGCAGAUGGGUUUUGGGCUUCGCUAAUUUCAUAGCCCCUUCUUCCAUCCCUAGUCCUCCCUUUCACUGGCUCCUGUUGGCUCGGGUGGCACUUUAGACACUGUUGAAUAGCACAGAUGUCUGUGGACUCAGCCCGGACUGGCUCUGCUGGGCAUGUUCUUGGGUUGCCAACUUUUAUAGAGGUGAUGACUAAUUAUUUUUCCAGUAUGCAAUCUACUAUUGUUAAUUCUUUGUUUUUAAUUAUGAUGUUAAGACAAAGGCAUCUGUAUCUUGAUUGCUGGUCAGGGAGGGACGGCUGCCACUGGAGUCCUGGUCAUGGGAUAUAGGGAAGAGUUUGUCCAUGUUUGGAUUGCUGACUAAGUGCUACGGGGCCUGGAAUCCCUCUUGCUGGUAUCUGGAUCAUGGGUUUUAAGGGGAGUCGCUACAGUGGGUAUCCCAAUAGCUGGCUCCACACAACAGCUAAUGGUUGGAUUGCAGGCUCCAUUCUGGGUGAGGAAAUGGGGUGGCUUGGUGCCUGGACAUCUGGUUGUGUGUGCAGUGAUGUUGCUGCUAACUGAGACCUACAAUAUUCAGAGUACUAGCUUCCAUUCACCCUCCUCUUCUGGCCCUGCCGCAAAACCCCUGAAAUGGCCAGCUGGUGACUGCUGCUCUGGUCUUGCCUAGUGACCCUUGCCUGCUGCCCUCUUGGAAACUCAAAUGAGGUUGGGGUGUUCAUGCUCCUGGCGCAUGUGCUGCCCAAUUUUGGGGAUCAUAAAGGGACAGGUGACACCUACCAACCUCGGACAUGUUGGCAUCUCUGUAACGAAGGGAAAUGGAUCUGGCGGUUGUGCUGACUGUGGCGAGCAGCAAGGGGCAGCUCUAAAGUACUUUGGGUGAAUUCCCUCCACCCACCUCCCAAAAGGAGCUGGCCUGGGGUCCCCAAUCUCUCUCACUGGCAUAGGAGGCUUGGGGAGGGAUGGUCCUGCAGUGGUGGAUGGAAGUCAUUGCUCUUGCAGGGGAAGGUGGGGGCUACUUUACUUGGCCUGUGGAGGCAUUUCUAGCUACGGAAUGUGAUCCUGGUCUUGGGUACAGGUGCCUGGUGGUGAGUCUGCCUUCAAUAGUGAUGUGUGCCAUGUAUCAGGGUUGCAUGAAGCCCUGUGCACUGGCUCUCCAGGCAAAGUCUCCAAUUCCAACUAACGUGGUAGGCUGGCUGGCUACCUGCUCCUCCCUUGGCAGAGAGUAAAGAAGUGCAAAAGCCUCCAGGGGAGUAGUAGUCUCAGCAGUGGGCCAAGGACUGAAUGAUCCAUGGAGACUGCACUUCCCUUUCACCCCAGAUGCCAUCCCUCCAGGGAAAGGUAACUAUGUAGGCAGCUAGCACUGGGGAAGGUUGCUAUCGCAUUCCUAAGGUGAUUGAGUCUUUCCUGAACCCCCUCUUCUUUGUACAGAUCCCUCCAGCCUGACGCUUACAGGGGCGGCACCUUUUUAUUGCUCUGAAGUGAAGCUAGCAUUUCUAUAAGCAUCUUAUAGUAACUAGAGGUUUGUCCCCAAAGGUAGCUUAUUUGUUGGCAUCUGAACUGGAGAACAAGAGCCAUACACUGAGCAAAAAGGAAGUGGAGCCCCUGCUGAGCUUUUCUUUGUCUUUUAGGAACCUCUUCCUACUGGAAGAAACGCAUGUACAGAUCUAAAACAUAGAGGGUAUUUCUGCAAUAAAGAGAUUUGCUUAAAAAACCCACAACCCAA